GCACUUAUUUGAAGUAUGUUGCCUUGUGUGGAGAGAACCCACCCUUCAGCUACUAAAACAAUGCCCUUUUUAUGUCCUUGGCUUAAAUAUUGAUUCAAAUCCUCACCUUUCAAACUUAGUCUCUGCAGGAAGCAUUAUAGUCCAGAGCUGUACCAGAAGGAGAGAUGGAGUGCUCUCAGGAAGCCUCCAAGUCCUCAGGGUGCCACAACAGAGAAAUCAUGACUUAGAGCCAAGGUGCUGGCUGAAAGGCAGAGAAAUCAUUCACCUUCAGUAUCUGUCAGCUGGCAGACAAAGAGAACCUGGGCAGAGGUGGCAAGUCAAGCAGCAGGUGAAAACGACACCAUGGAAGGUGAAACUCAGGCAUGCAGUGAAGGGAAGGAGAAGCCGCUGCUGACACGUGAUCUCUGUGGAAACUCCUCCUGCUCUGAUAGACAUCAGGACGGGCAGUUCUGCUGCAUGGCUCACAGUUGCUAGAAGUUCCACAGGUUCAAAAAGCCUCUGAUUGCCUUCUGAGUUGGAUGGAUUUUACUGCUGUACUCCAGGUUUUGGCCCAUUGCUUACGGUGAGAUGCAUGAGGAGGCUCUGCCCCCUGCACUGGCCAGGCAAUCUGGGAAGGCUGAGUGAGGCAAUUCUGAGGAGGAACAGGCUGGUACCCAGACAUUUCUAUCCGAACAGGAGUGAAGAAGGUGACCUGCCAAUGUCCCAGAAAGUGUCAGUCUGUGGGGUCUCAGCAGAACCUGCCAGGCAUUCAUCGCUCAGCCCUCUGCAUUUAGAGGGGAAAUGGUUCUUAAUGAUAAGGGGCCCCUUGGCACUCUGGGGAGCUGUCAGGAUCCAGCAUUCCCUUUGCAGCACUGGGCUGCAGCUGCUUCUCCCGGGCUAAAGGUGGCCCAGAAGCCGCUCAGCCCAACACCUAAAUGUGCCUUUUGACACUUGCCCUCUCUGCACCCAGAACGGGAGGAUGGGGACUCCCCACUGCCUCUCCUGCGGUUGCUGCAGGGGGUUUGGAGAUGCUGCCCAGACCAGGCUGUGGUGUCAGUGCCUCCAUAACCAACUGUUCUUCCCACGCAGACAUCCGAGUGGCCAGCUUUGCCCGUGGCAGAAGCAUUAACUUGGCCCUAUCUCACAGAGGACGCCAAGCCCUCCGAGCUGUGGGGAUGGAGGAGCAGAUUGUGUCCAAGGGCAUUCCCAUGCAGGCAAGGAGGAUACACACACCUUCAGGGAAAAAGUACUCUAUCCCUUAUGGGAAGAAGAACCAGUACAUUCUGUCUGUGGACAGAGCAAACUUAAACAAAGAGCUGCUGACAGCUGCUGAGAAGUACUCCAACACUAAGCUGUACUUUGGACACAAGCUUGUGGAGUGCAAUGCAGAGUUGGGGAUGCUAUCCAUAAAAAGAUCUGACCAGCAGACCUUGGAAGUCACCUAUGACCUCAUUGUGGGCUGUGAUGGAGCCUUCUCAACAGUCAGAAAACAGUUCAUGAGGCAAACGCGCUUUAACUACAGUCAGCAGUACAUUCCUCAUGGCUACAUGGAGCUGACCAUCCCUCCCAAAGAUGGAGAUUUUGCCAUGGAACCAAACUACCUCCAUAUCUGGCCGAGGAACACCUUCAUGAUGAUUGCACUGCCCAACAUGGACAAGUCCUUCACCUGCACACUCUUCAUGCCCUUUGAGGAAUUUGAGAAGCUCACGACGGGGGACCAAGUGCUGGGCUUUUUCCAGACCUACUUCCCAGAUGCCAUCCCCCUCAUCGGAGAGCAAGAGCUGAAGCAUGACUACUUCGUGCUGCCAGCCCAGGCCAUGGUAUCUGUGAAGUGCUCUUCCUACCACCUCGCUUCCCGGUGCGUGCUGAUGGGAGAUGCUGCGCAUGCUGUUGUGCCCUUCUACGGACAGGGCAUGAAUGCGGGUUUUGAAGACUGUCUGGUCUUUGAUGAAUUAAUGGACCAGUUCCACAACGACCUUGGUGCCUGCCUCCCUGAGUUCUCCAGACUGAGGGUACCAGAUGACCAUGCGAUUUCAGACUUAGCCAUGUACAACUACGUGGAGAUGCGUGAGCACGUGAAUUCAACGUGGUUCAUUUUCCGGAAGCACGUAGACAACUUUCUCCACGCCCUCAUGCCUUCCACUAUUGUCCCGCUGUACACCAUGGUGACUUUCACCAGAAUUCGCUACCAUGAGGCACUUCAGCGCUGGAAAUGGCAGAAAAAGGUAAUUAAUCGAGGGAUCUUUGUCAUGGGAGUGGCAGGACUGGCUGGCACCUACCUGCUGAUCAAGCGUCUGGCACGGAACUCGGACUUCUGUGUGGAAAACUUGUGGGGCUGGUCCCGUUACCUGAAGAAUAUUAGAAAUUUUCCCUUUGGCACACAAGUGGCUGAAACGUAAGGGGAGCUUCUUGUAAUAAAAGCAAAGGCAUGGGCUGUCAGCUCA